AUGUCGAAGGAAGAAGAAACAAAACGACAACCAGACUGGGACCACAAGGGCAAGAUCAGGAUGCUAGCCAUCAUGUACGUGAUGUCUGCUCUGUGCCCAGCCCACAUUAGCUCGCUUUUACUUGUUAUGUUAUUGGUUGUGCUCUUUCUGGUAUUUCUCUUUGUUUAUCUUGUCACCCUUCUGGGGAACUUGGGGAUGAUCACUCUCAUUUGGAUGGGUUCCCGACUCCAUACCCCCAUGUACUUUUUUCUCAGCCACUUGUCCUUUGUGGAUGUCUGUUCCUCUUCUGUCACAGGUCCCAAGAUGUUGACUGAUAUCUUCAUGGACAAAAAAGUAAUCUCUUUCUUUGGUUGUGCUGCCCUUAUGCUUUUUGGUCAUUUUGUAGUAACUGAAUGUUACCUUCUCGCUGCCAUGGGAUAUGACCUGUAUAUGGCCAUCUGUAAGCCCUUAUUGUAUACACUUAUUAUGUCACAGCAGGUCUGUGUGCAGCUGGUGGUGGGGCCUUGUGCCAUGGGCCUUAAUAGCACCUUGACUCAUAUGACUUUUGCCUUCUGCCUACCCUAUUGCGGUCCAAAUAUCAUCAAUCACUUCUCCUGCGACCUUCUUCCUGUUCUCUCCCUGGCAUGUGCAGAUAUCUGUGUCAAUAAAUUUUUGCUUUUCAUUCUUGCUGGAGCCCUGAGAGUGCUCAGUGGUGUGAUCAUCUUGGUCUCCUACAUUUACAUUGUCAUGGCCAUCCUGAGGAUCCACUCUGCUGAUGGGAGGCACAAAGCAUUUUCUACCUGCUCUUCCCACCUGACAGCUGUCUCCGUCCUUUAUGGGACACUCUUCUUUAUCUAUGUACGUCUAAGCUCUAGUUUCUCUCUGGACAUCAAUAAAGUGAUUUCCUUGUUCUACACAUAAGUGAUCCCCAUGUUGAACCCGCUUAUCUACAGCCUGAGAAAUAAGGAAGUCAAAGAUUCAUUCAGAAGGAAGAUUGAAAGGAAGAAGUUUCUUAGAGGUAGGCGAUCCAGGAUAUCAAUUGUACUACAGAUCGAGAAAUAA